CGACUUUCUACCUUCUAUGAAUACGAGGUUUAAAGUUGUUGACGUCGCGAUGAGUCUCUCCUUGAUUGAUUGAGCAGAUUGAGUGCUUAAAAGACUGCGUCUCUCUUGGAAAGAUGGCUGAAUCUCUGGUCAACCAGGAGCAAAAUGUUCAAAUGACGCCGUUUGGGAAGCCUCCAAGAUUGGACUUGUCCAAGCCACGCUGGGACCAAACAACCUUCGUAGGCAGACUGAAGCAUUUCUUCAAUGUGACUGACCCACGUACUGUUAUAUGCAGUGACAAACAGCUGUAUGCAGCAAAAGAUUUGGUCAACAACUACAAAAUGGGCCUUGAACCACCGGGUACCACAGAGGAGCAGCUUUGGUUUGCACAGAAGCUUUAUAUGUCAGCUUUCCAUCCAGACCAUGGGGAGAAAAUGAAUCUGAUCGGAAAGAUGUCAUUUCAAGUUCCAGGUGGUAUGGCAAUAACGGGGGCCAUGUUGCAGUGGUACAAAACAAUGCCUGCUGUUAUCUUUUGGCAGUGGAUCAAUCAGUCGUUUAAUGCACUUGUUAACUACACAAACAGGAAUGCUGCAUCAGCAACCACCAGCAAAGAAAUUGGUAUGGCCUAUGUUACAGCUACCAGUGGUGCCUUGGUAACAGCUCUUAGUCUGAACUCAUUAACAAAGAAAUCCCCACCCCUUGUAGCCCGGUAUGUACCGUUUGCAGCAGUUGCAGCUGCAAACUGUGUCAACGUUCCAAUGAUGCGUCAACAAGAAGUCCUCUCUGGAAUUACAGUUUGUGACUCUGAUGGGAAGGAACUCGGUAAAUCACAAAAAGCAGCUAGGAAAGGUAUAGCCCAAGUGGUGGUUUCCCGAAUCACUAUGGCAGCGCCUGGCAUGUGUGUGUUACCUUUGAUAAUGGAAAGGCUACUCAAGUUCCCUUGGUUUAAAAGAGUCUCUGUUCUACACGGACCAUUUCAAGUCCUGGGUGUCGGCUGCUUUUUGAUUUUUAUGACGCCAGUGGCAUGUGCCAUCUUUCCUCAACAGUGUUCUUUGGCGGUGAGCAAGUUGGAGCUAGACUUACAAGCUUCAAUUAAAGCAGAAUUUGGAGACAGUAUUCAGACAGUUUACUUCAACAAAGGCUUGUAACGUCAAUCACUUCUAAGACAUUAUACUAUUUUAUACAAAUUAUAUAAAUACUGCAGUUUGUUCUGCAGUUUGGGGUAAUUUUCAAAAUGAUCUCGAGAAGGUCGGAUUUUGCGGAUGAAUAUUAAGCUGAGCAUAGGAUAUUGACUGCUUUUACUUGUGCCAUGGUUAAAACUACGACCACAGUAUUGUGUGCUCAAGACCUUUUCUUGCCCCGAGUUUUUGCCUAUGGAAAGCCAUAAAUACAAAACAAAACAAGAUGGCCACAAUUUGUAACAAUGUUACACAAAUCUUACAUAAUAAAGUUUAAUUUGUUGGAAACAAAGCAACCAAUCAUGUGGGAUAUUUUAUGUCAUAAUAAGUUUGGAGAAAAUGUUGAAUUUGGUUAAAGCAUGUUGCAACAUGAUUGAAUGUUUUACUAGCAUUCGGCCAUCCAUGCCAUUCAGGGCAGUUUGUGUAUUAACAAUAAAAAAGGACUAUAAUAAAGCUGAUUCUCUCAGGAGGUUGUCGCCAUUAGGAAUGCCAUAGAAUAUUAUCUGUAACCAGUUGCCUGCUAAUUUCACUCGGUGACUGUGACUGUAUCUGAAUGAGCGACUGUGGGCUUACUCCAGGCCUGUCUGUUUCGAUUUUGAAAGUCUGCUUCGAUUUGGUAAUGGGCGUCCUAUGAGGAAAUUGUUAAUCUCUACUGGAGCAUUUCAAGGGCACCAAGGCAAUGACAAGGGGGCACAGAGGCAAUCGCCUUCUUCACCUCCGUGAAGUAUCAGGCCUGCUUAAUCAAUGCCCGUAGCAACAGCCAUAGCAGCCAAUUUGGACACAGCCUUAAUUUCUUUAUUACCGUCAUUUUUUCUUGAGGUAUUUAAAAUCGGCCAUGGAGGGCAACUUAGUUGCUGACCAAAAUAAAAUUUUGGCAUGAGGAUUUGUCUAACAAUCAUGAGUUCUUCCUUGAGAUAUUUCAAUAAUACCUUAAGCUUUAUAUGAUGUAUGUAUUAAGAAAUGUAUAAUGAAUAACAAUAUAUUUCUAUCUGAGAAACAAAAUCAGCUAUUGAGGUCAUCGUAUAUAAAAAUAUAGUUACUGUCAAUAAAUUAUGA